AUCUAACGCAUGCGCAGUGCAAAUCCGACAUAGCUACUGGCGAGCGCGAGGAGUUGCCAGCGAACGCCGUGGGAAGCUUGUUUAUGCAUAUUUGUCACCCAGAAGAGCUCAGUGAGCAUCAGUGGCAGUACAGUACUGCGCAAGCGCAAGACAAAAUUUACCUGAUCCUGAGGAAGGGUUUAGGGGCCUCCUCGUCCAAUCUCCAACCGUUUAUGUCCGUGAAGAGCGAUUCCCGAGCAACAGCAUAUCCGUUACAUGAAACAAUACAAAGCAAUCGCGACAGAAGUAGAAUUAAACGAAUAGAGCAGCAAGAUGGCGAUGGUCAAUGUGAAUCGUGAGAAUUCAGAUCCCUACUACAGGUACAAGAUGCCACGUCUCAUGGCAAAGAUUGAAGGUAAAGGAAAUGGCAUUAAAACCGUUGUUGUGAAUAUGGUUGAUAUUGCCAAGUCAUUAGGAAGACCUCCUAGUUAUCCGUGCAAGUAUUUUGGGUGUGAGCUGGGUGCUCAGACACAGAUGGAUGCGAAGAGCGAACGCUACAUUGUGAACGGCGCUCAUGAUGGCGAUAGAUUGCAAGAGUUGCUCGAUGGGUUCAUCAAGAAGUUUGUUCUCUGUCCUGACUGCGAGAACCCCGAGACAGUUCUGCAUGUCGACAAGAAGAAAGCUAUACAUCAGGUUUGCCAUGCGUGUGGCUAUCAGGGUGUUAUUGGUUCUCGUCACAAGUUGACAACAUUCAUUCAAAAUCACCCGCCCGAUAAUGCGAGUGCUGGAAAGAAGGAGAAGGAGAAGGAUAAGGAAAAAGAGAAGAAGGAGAAACGCAGCGAGAGGCACAAGGGCAGUAAAGAUCAGAAGAAAGAAGAAACGAAUGGAGACGUGGCAGGUGCACGGAAACGGGACGAUGGCGAUGAUUUCGAGAAGUGGAGUGCCGACACAAGCGAAGAAGCAGUGAGAGAUAGAAUGAAGGAGUUGUCAUCGAAUGCUGCCAGUCUGACUGUAACGGCCGACACCGAGCAACCGCUUGCUAGUCGAAUGCAAGAAUUUUUUGCGUUCGUGAAGGGGAGGAAAGGGCAAUUGCUGAAAGACUCAAAGUUGGUUUUGAGCGAAGCAAAGAGGCUGGAUGUUUUUGACAAAGGCGCCAUGGUUGUCGCCGAGGUCGUGUUCAAUAAGGAUAUUCUCAAACAGAUCAAGGCCCAUAAGAACUUGCUGCUGAGGUUUGUGCACGAGAACAAGAAAGCUCAGAAGUACUUGCUCGGUGCUCUGGAGCAAAUUAUAGGCGUCGACCAUCCUGAACUGAUGUCUCAAGUUCCCUACAUUCUGAAAGCUCUCUACGACGAGGAUAUUCUCGACGAAGAUGUUAUUCUCGAAUGGGAUCAGAAGGUAUCUAAGAAGUAUGUUGACAAGAAGAUUUCUGCAGAAAUCCACGAGAAGGCGAGUCCUUUCAUCAAAUGGUUGCGUGAAGCAGAAGAGGAGACAAGUGACGAAGAAGACGUAGAAGUUGUCUACACCACCAAACCCGAGGAGGUGAAGAAGGCAGCCGAGGAGAAAGACGACGACAAAGCCGAUGAUGCUGACGACAUUGAUAUUGAUGACAUAUUCCGCUUUGUGAAUAUGGAAGCGGCCGAAGCCGUCACAUCAACCUUCCAGAUUUACAGCCGAAUUUCUGCUGAAUUGAAUACCGAGCUGCUCGACAACGAAGCCGUCGCUGACUUUUUAGACUCUCUAGCGUCGUCAGAACCUCCCAUUGCAGAUAUCAAAGUGAACAAGGCGAAAUCGUCUGUUUCCUUACGUGGCACGUGGGAUGGACUGCAGAAAUGUCUCAGUCAUUUGCGGGGCAUAGUAGCCAGUAACACACGAGAGGAGUUGGACACAAUGACGCAGGACCCACCUCUAGCAACUGCUUCUGCUGGAGCUUCCGCUGCCAAUGAUGAUGCUGAAACUGAAAUUGCAUCACGUCAUCAAUCAUACAAAAGCGACUUCACCGAAGUCACUUCUGUUCGUCCUGAAGUGGAAGUUGCUGUUGAUCCCAAAGUUAUGAAAAACGUUGCUGAGAUGUGGAGAAAACAGCUAACCAAUCUAAUCGAUGCCUAUAAAGUACAACUGACAUGGACACCUGGAUCACCGCUUGUUAAGAUUCACGGUGGUGAUUUAGAAUCAGUCUCAGCAGUAACACAACAAUUCAAGCAAUUGUAUGAUGAUACUGAACGUCAAGAAAAGAGGGCUGUUCGAGAACGUGAACGUGAACGUGCGGUUGUUUCUACCAGACUCGAUGUUGUCGAUUAUUCGGCUUCAAAAUCUGAACUCCAGCAAGUAGAGUUGACCUAUGUCUCACCUGAAGGUAUAACUCUUGUCAUUCGUCAUAACGACAUCACUGAGGAACGAGUUGGAGCCAUUGUAAAUUCAUCCAAUGAGGGCCUCGAUCAUCUACAUGGUGUAGCUGCAGCUAUAGCAGCCAAAGGAGGAAAGGAUCUACGGGAAGACAGCCAGAACCAUGUCAACAUUUGUGGAGAACUCGACGUUGGAUCAGCAGUCUACACCCGACCUGGUGAUCUACCAUGUGCACAUGUCAUUCACACUGUGGGACCUCGUUGGACGAGGUUCUCUGACAGGCACGAUCUACAGCUGCUGAACAAUGCUUGCAUCAAUAGCCUUCGACUGGCAGACCAGUUACAAGUUGAUUCGGUUGCUAUGCCGGCUAUCAGCUCAGGGAUAUUUGGAAUGCCCAUUGAGCUGUGUGCAGAAGUGCUGUUCAACAGUUUUGAUGAGUUUUCAAGGCGUAACCCAUUAUCUUCUGUUCGAGAAGUUCGAUUUGUGAACAACGAUAGACCAACAGUUGAUGCUUUCUGUCGGGAGUUCCGCAAUCGGUACAGAUCAACUUCAAACGGUUUUCAACCUACUGCUAGAUCAUCUUAUAGUUCACAACGUAGACGGACCCCUGGCAGCUAUAGCCUUGAUGAUGAUGACGAUUAUUACGAAAUGCGCAGACCGCAAGUACCGUUACAAUCACAACCAAAGGGAUUUAGAAGGGAAGGAGAUGUUGGGAUGUCAGGAAAUUACCAACCUUCACAUGGCUAUGGACGUGGAAGGGGAUUGUUGAAGACUACAUCUUCACAAUCGUCUCAACCUGGGAUUGACAGUCGGCACCGGGGAUGGCCCUCUGAUCAGUCCAUGCGUACCAAAUCAUCUGGAUCUCACUCUCAAAAGCAUAAGUCUGCUGUCAACGAUGAUGUGGACAGUCAAUCGGAUGCUACAGUUCCUGAUGACAAAUCUGAUCAAUGCAGCAUCUGUCUUGGACCGAUUCAGGAACCAAAGACUCUACCGAUUUGCAAGCACACGUUCUGUACACUGUGCUUGGAGCAGGCGUUUCAAGUGAAGCCAUCGUGUCCCAUCUGCCAAACUUUGUACGGCACACAGAAAGGGGAUCAACCCGAUGGACGAAUGGAUUACAAGCGACACGGCUACUCGCUACCAGGCUUUCAAGGAAGUGGAACGAUCGUCAUCAGCUACAGCUUUCGCGGAGGGAUCCAGAAACCGGAGCAUCCAAACCCUGGAUCACCUUAUCAUGGAACAACACGUGUAGCUUACUUGCCCGACACCAAAGAAGGCAACAGAGUCUUAGAAUUGCUUCAGAGGGCAUUUGAUGCACGUUUGGUGUUCACGAUCGGUGCAUCUGCCACGACGGGAGCUCAAGAUCAAAUCACUUGGAACGACAUUCAUCACAAGACAAGCAUGAGCGGAGGGCCGACGACAUACGGUUACCCAGACCCGACGUAUCUCACACGAGUCAAGCAAGAACUAGCAGACAAAGGAAUCAAAUAAACACGAAACACAAUCGUGAGUAUAACACAUUAACCCUGCAUUUGGUUUAUCUUAUUCUUUCGCGGGUUGCCAAUCGCUAUUGAAAUCAUCUACUUGUCAAAGUCACGUAAUUCAUUGCAAAAUCGAAAGCAACCAUCUUAUAGUGUUAGCUGAUU